UUUAAUGAACGUUUUGAAAUCCAGACGUUUGGUGCCAACUAGUUUUAAAUUAAUCUGAAUGGAUGGCGGUCAUGGACGGUGAAAAAAAGGAGGAACUCCCUGAUAUUAACACUGCAAAAGAGUUUUACAGCAAAUAUGAACCAAAGGAGAUAUUGGGAAGGGGUGUAAGCAGCUGUGUGCGUCGUUGUGUGGACAAGAAAACUCGCGGAGAAUUUGCCGUAAAGAUCAUUGACUUAACUGAUGGUAGUAAUAAGAUAAGUGAAGAGCUGAGACAAGUCACACACAAUGAAAUUAACAUCCUCAAAGAAGUCUCUGGUCAUGUACACAUUAUUGAACUGGUUGAUGUAUUUGAAACAAGCACAUUUAUCUUCCUUAUAUUUCAACUGUUAAAACGUGGUGAAUUAUUCGAUUAUUUAACAGAGGUGGUGAAAUUUGGAGAACGACAGACCAGAUCCACAAUGAGGUCUUUAUUAGAAGCAGUUGCUUACCUGCAUAGUCAGAACAUUGUACACCGUGACCUUAAGCCUGAGAAUAUUUUAUUAGAUGACGACUUAAAUCUACAUCUGUCGGAUUUCGGUUUUUCCACCAAGAUUGAAAAUGGAAAAUAUUUUACAGAAUUAUACGGCACACCCGGCUACAUGUCUCCUGAGAUGUUAAAAUGCACAGUAGACGAACAUCACCAUGGUUAUGGUGUUGAGAUCGAUAUUUGGGCGUGUGGUGUUAUUAUGUAUACGCUUCUUGCAGGAGCUCCUCCUUUUUGGCACAGAAGGCAAAUGAUAAUGUUACGUCGGAUCAUGGAAGGACAAUAUUCGUUUCCAAGUCCGGACUGGGAUGAUAUUUCAGAAUCUGCACGAGAUUUAGUCUCAAAGAUGCUGGUAGUUGACCCAACAAAAAGAUUAACAGCAGAGAUGGCGCUCGCUCAUCCAUUCUUCCAGCAAGUGGAAGACACCUCGAGAUACUCAGCCAAACCAUUCAACGCUAGACGAAAGUUCAGGGUGGCAGUUCAUACAAUCGUAGCAUACCACCGCAUGGCGGCGCAAGUGCACCAGCACAGACCACUACAACGUGCGGUUGCCGCUCGUGAUCCCUAUUCUGUGAAAUGCCUUCGACGAAUAAUAGACGCUUCAGCUUUUCGUAUAUAUGGCCACUGGGUAAAGAAAGCAGCGAACCAAAACCGGGCCACGCUUUUUGAAAACAGCUCCCGCGCAGACCAGCGCAGACUUCAAGAACUAGAAGAAUUUGCAUCUGCAGUUAAUGAAGACGGUCUUCUUAUGUGUCCCAUAUCCUCCGCUGGAAACAGUUUAAUCCCACAAUCUGUCUCCUAGCACCAUCACUGUCCUAGCUAUAUAUUUUUAGCUUUAAUAGAAAAUUAUAGUUUCGGAUUUUACUGCUUUUGUAAGAAAAUCGGACCUCGCCGUAUUCUGUUACAUGUGCAUGACGUUUUUAAUUGUUCUUAUUUAUCGUUUUCUUUUAUAGUAAUUGUUCUUAUUUACCGAACGAAACAGCUGGCGAAAGGCAGUGGUCUGUUCUCUACGGUAUAAGAAGCGAUACAGAAUGAAUAGACCCAAUUAACCAUCUGCUGACAGUGUAAUAUCAUGCCUCACUACAACGUAGUGUAGGUCACUUUACGAGUAUAUAAUCGUAUGCAGCUGCCGUUCUUCAAGCUUACUUUUUACGGCAGCCAUAACAUGCGGUUAUAGUUUUAAGCAGGUCACUGCUGCAGUCCAACUCACUGUCGCAACACUGUAAGUUAUGAAACACCGAUGUUUUAUUGUUGCAAAACGACGUUCGUUUUAGGCAAAAUUUGCUUUUAUUUUCGUGUGCGUUUCAAUUUUAACAUAUACUUGUCGUGUUUGUAUGUAUACUGUAUCGUCGCUUUUUCGUUCGUUUUUACUGUGGUACCAGUUCCGAUCUGCAUACACCGUACACAAUUUAUCCUUUUUGCAGUAAACGUAAUUGGCAAUCCCGCA